AUGGCCAAACAUAAGAAACCAAUCUCGACAAAGCCACCUCGCUUUGGCCAGCAGGAGCGUCAGCUCAGUCGAUUCUUCGAGCCGCUCGUCCUACUCUAUACUCUAGGGAGCACUAGGGGCGAGCACUCGUGUGAUAUAACUUCUGCUAAAGAAAACUUGUCUCAUCUGUCCUUUAGAGAGUUGAGACGGACAUUUCUCAGGGAGUUAGCUUACAUGUGCGACUACGACAAGGGUGGUGACACAGUCGCAGCCAUUGGGUUGGAGUUCACACCCCAAAAACACAUCUUCUGGAUAGCUUCAAAUAUGGAAUCGAACACGAAGGUUGUGCAAUUUCUGAACUCCCUCCUCGCCAAGUUGAGCUGGACGGCUUCGCAACAGAGCCUGCCAACGUCAGAAGGGGCAAAUGGUAUAGCUGAACAGUAUAUCAACUUUGCAAUUCCGAGAAUCAAGAAGUACAGAAGUCAUCUCAAGCCGGUAUUGCGACGCUGUCUGGAAUAUCUUAACGGUGCAAGACAAGAAGAUGACUUGUGUCGCUUGGCUUAUCAAGAGCGAAACUCAGACUUCAUGCGCACCCUUGGGAGACUGAGUAAAGAACCGAGUUACAAAACCAACAGAGAUGCGAUUCAUCAAGCCUUCAGAUUGGUAAGACACUACAUAGGACGGCUUGGGCACCAUUUUCGAGCAGCUGAAGUGUUGCAUCAUGGCGCAUCAAGCCUUCAUGAUGUUCUCCACGACUUCGAAGUUCGUAGUGUUCCAACUACACUGAAAUCUGCAAUACCUCCGGCAGAUGGAAUGACAACGCUAGAGAACAUGAUCGUCCGCAUGUUACCAGCCAAGUCUAUCGAACUACACAAAUACCAGCGAGCUCUUACGGAGAUGGAUUUCAAAUACCAAUUGUCUCGUCGCUUCAAAGAGAAUUACGAAAGCCCCAAUUUGAAGCCGCGCGUCCACGCCGAGAUCAAGAUCCUAGAGCACUUCUAUGCUCGCAAUCUACUAUUUGCAGAUAACGAUCCGUUCGUUGCAUGCAGCAAGCCUGCUUGCUACUGCUGCCAGCUAUAUUUCCGACACCAUCCUGCGCAAUAUGUGGAGCCGAACUCACACCAGAAGAUUUAUCUGAACUGGCGACCACCGACUCCCGACACAAAAAACGACAGGAUUGACGAAAACCAUCAGAGGGACAUUCUGAACUUGAUGGUCCGGGAUAUUCGCAAGGAGGCUCUGCGACAGAUUCAUGAGAAGGCUGCUCCAACAGCGUGGCACCCGGAUUCGCUUACUGGCAUUACUGAAUCUGCUGUGCUUGAGCAAAAGCUUCGCGCUUCGGAGGAAGCUAAAUCUCUGUUUCCGAGUGAGCUACUGGUUAGACAUACAGAAAUUUUGGAAGCUAUAGAUCACAGUGUUCCUAUAACAUCAUCAUCCAGCGGGGAGGAAAUGAGCUCAGGUAGUGAAGCUGUGCACAGUGAGCGGUCAGAAGUAGUCUUUGAGAGCUUCCUGGAAGACUCCGAUGAGGAAGGAGGAAUACCGCUGUGAACAUGCUUAGAGAGAAGAAAGACCAAAAAAUGUAACGCGUAGCCACAA